AUGGCGACGCCCAACCAAAAGAGGUGGGAAAAGGCCAAGGUCUACUCCAAACGAGGCUUCGACAAGGCAUGGCACACUCUCGAUAAGCUUGGUCCGCCGAUAAAUCGUUUAUCGAACAAACUUGGCGCCGAAGCGUUCUGGCCGACGAGUCUGGAUCUGGAAAGUGAGAAAUCCGCGCGAAUAUUGCGGAGCUUUUGCAAGGAUGGGUUCUACGAAGAGAUCGACGAACAGAAUGAAGGUCGACAGAAAGAGGGAGUUCCGCGCGGCAAACAACGGGUGGUGAAGAAGAUUCCCGCAUCCGUGAUCAAGCAGGCGAAGGGUCUGGCUAUCUUUACAACCAUGAGAACCGGCCUUUGGGUCAGCGGAUCCGGAGGCAGCGGCGUUUUACUUGGAAGAAUAAAAGAGACGGGUGAAUGGAGCCCGCCGUCUGGAAUCAUGACGCAUACGGCUGCGCUGGGCUUUCUCGCAGGUGUGGAUAUCUACGACUGCGUCGUGGUAAUCAAUACCUACAAGGCCUUGGAAGCUUUUAAAGCUGUCCGUUGCACACUUGGGGGCGAGAUUGCUGCGUCGGCUGGACCUAUCGGCGCCGGUGGUAAUUUGGAGACGGAGAUACACAAGCGACAAGCUCCGGUAUGGACCUAUAUGAAGGGUCGGGGUUUCUACGCAGGCGUACAACUGGACGGGACUAUUGUAAUAGAGAGGUCUGACGAGAAUGAGCGGUUCUACGGAGAGCGUAUAUCCGCGAGCGAUAUACUGGCGGGGAAGUCGAAACGUCCGCCAACAUCGAUCCAAAUGCUGAUGCAAACGCUAAAAGCCGCCCAGGGUGACAGCGACGUGGAUGAAGGAAUGCUACCUUCUCCUGGAGAGUCGCCAGGCGACGCGGAGAUUGACGCAACGGGAACGUUCGGCAUCCCUGAUAACGAAGACCCAGAUCCAUACGGUGUCAAAGCGCUGGAAAGAGAGGGAAUCAUGAUCAGGGAGGCCGGCUCCCGUCGACUACCGAACAUGGACACAUUCGAGUUCCGGCCAGUUUCAUUCAGUCCGAAUUCCUCGAGAUGGAGCGCAACCGGGUCACGGAGGUCGAGUGUGCGAAAUAGUCUCCACAGCUUUACAAGCGUGGAUCGAGGUACUCAGACUGACGACUUUGCUUCUGACCGUGACGACCGUUCGCCAGUGAGCCCAGGCUCUUCCAGGAGUCUAAAGGAUUUUAAUUCUCCAAUCCGCAUUUCGACCGCCGAAACAGAGGAUCUCUACCAGGAAAUCACGCACAAUGAAAAGGAUUUGGAACAUGGCCCGGCACGGCGCAUCAACCUGUCAGACCACAGCAUCCCCAAUGUUAGCAAACCGACGCCAGCGUCGUUCGCCAAAGCUCGACUGGUUACCAUCCCAAAACGAAGCCCCCCUCCGCUCCCUCAACGCAAUAGUGAACGCGUGAAUUCCCCGAUCUCCACCCACUCUGAGAUCGACGACUCUGCCACCCUGUCAUCCAUCUCCCCAAUUGACGAAGACACUGCUGUCCUCGAGAUACAGAAUCGGCUGAGAAAGCUUCGUUCUGAGGAGUCGCAGACCGAUGAGGUCUUGGAAGCUCGAGGGCAGUCAACGGAGCAAGACGAUUUUCAUUCCGCUCCCGCCUCGCCUUCUGAUGCUGGGAAGACAGAUCAGGAUUUAAAGCCAGAGACGGCGAAAGAAUAA